UCUGACCAAUACAUGGUAGUACAUGGUGCGUGCAUGGUGGUAGCACACGUGUGAUUUCUCAAGAUUUCGAACAUUGCUAGCUACAUAGGAAGAUCGUUCUGUACUUUAGUAACCAAGAUGGCUGGUGGAAGAAAAGAACUCGAAGAAGUCCUUAAGAAACUUGAGAUCAAGACCCAUACAAUCGAGCAUCCAGAGGUGUUCACUGUKGAAGCCAUGAUGCCUUACUUAGGUGAAGCGGACGGUGUCGUUGGUAAAAACCUUUUUCUGAAAGACAAAAAGAAGAAAGGCCUGUGGCUUAUUUGUGCAGUAGCCACCAGAGAAAUCAAUUUAACUGAUUUAGCUAAAAGAGUUGGAGCUCCAGGRGGAUUUCGAUUUGCAGACGAAGCCAUUAUGUUGGASAAGCUUGGAGUAGGCCAGGGUUGUGCUACGGCCUACUCGGUGUUUAAUGAUGUAAAGAGCGAAGUUAAGCUURUAUUAGACGAGGAACUGAUAGAUUCAUCGAAACACAACAUGGUGUAUUUUCAUCCAAUGGUUAACACAGCCAGUACAGGCAUGUCUCCUGAUGACUUUAUCAAGUUUGUAAAGGAAACUGGGCAUGAACCAAUCAAAGUUYGAUUCGAUUAACACCUGUAGUAUAGGAAGAGUUUGUCAUCGGAUGACAGUCAGAAUUACCCCAAUACUGACCAUUCUUCCAGUUUAGAGAUUCCAUUCAAACACUAAGUACCAUUUCAGAAAUCAAAUGGCUAUCACGGAUGAAUGACGGUCAACAAGURAUGUAUCACUUCUAGAUGAGACUGAAUAAAACAACUAAGCUGUUUUGUU